AUGUCGUGGCUCUUCGGUUCCAGCCGCACAGCAGAGAAAGCCCCCGAACCCACUCCGGCGCCUGCCGAAAAGCCAAAGCCCUGCUGCGUCUGCAAGGACGAAAAGACUACCCGGGAUGACUGCAUGCUCUUCUCAAAAUCCGACGACCCGGCCCAAGAAUGCAAGUCCGUGAUUGAACAGUACAAGGCCUGCAUGGCUGGCUAUGGAUUCAAGGUCUAG